AUGUCUUCAUCACCAUACUCUGCGUCGCUGUUGGAGGUUGAGUCACUUCACUCCAGUCAUCUAGGGAGUCUGCAUGGCAUCACGGCUACAGACCUAGACGCCCUUCAAAACCUGUCAAUUAAAAGGCUUAUUCUUGCCCCAGGGGCGAUCCAAGAGCCUCAGUGGCAUUCAAAUGCCAAUCAACUCACCUAUUGUCUUCGGGGAGACGUUUUUGUUUCAAUUCUGGACACUGGAAAUGAAUUCUCGAACUUCACGGCAUCAAGCGGGGAUAUGUUUUAUGUGGAAUCAGGAUCUCUCCAUCAUAUUGAGAAUAUAGGAGACGCACACGCAGAGGCGAUCAUCUGUUUACGGCAUGAAAACCCUCAAACAUUUUCAUUGGCAGCAUCAAUGGGCGCCAUGACCGAUGCGGUUCUCGGUAACACGUACGACAUUGAUAUGUCGCCGUGGACGGAUAUUCCCCGCACUACGGAACCUAAGCAUAUUGUGAAGCGACCUGGCCAGCCCCAGAUUCCAUACAGUGCUCUACUACCUGAUCGUCAUAAAUUUUCAAUCGAGAAUAUGAAUGCGCCCGUUUCAAACCGCUAUGGAUCUGCCGAGACUGCCCGCAGCCAGUUCUGGCCUGCUUUACAAAAUAUGUCUAUGUAUUCUCUCAGAGUAGAGGAAGACGGCAUGCGAGAACCACACUGGCAUCCCUCUACCGUGGAGAUGGGAUAUGUGCAUAGAGGCCAUGCACGGAUGUCUAUCAUGAACCCCGCCGGGAUAGUGGAUACAUAUACCCUGAAGCCGGGGGACGUGUAUUGUGUACCUGCGGCCUAUCCCCACCAGAUCGAAGUACUCGGAAGUGAGAAUAUACAUUUCUUAAUCUUCUUUGAUCAGCCAAUGCCAAAGGAUGUCGGUUAUCGCAGUUCAGGGACUGCUAUGUCAAGAGAAGUUUUGGCUGCUGCCUUUGGGAUAAAGAGCCCGCAGCUAUCGGUAUUGCCGUUCACCCCAAAGGACCCAUUGAUUGUAAGUAAGCGGAACAAGGAAGAUCCAGUCAGAUCCAAGCUCUAA